AAUAUCACAAUGUGAUUCAACCCAUCGCAUCACUCACAGCAGCGAUUUUUCAAUUUCGCAAAGAAUGUCCAGUAAUACAAGGCUACUCGGAUGAAACUCCUAUAGACCUAUUUAUCCCUUAUAAUUUCUCCUUCUAGGGGGAAGCAAGCACUGCCCACUAAUCCUCCCUAAAAUACCCUACUAUUUUUUUUGCAGGCCCAACGCUUCAAGCUCCUCUGCCGAGAAUCACACGGGUGCGAGUCUGCGCACGCCCAAGCCCCCUGUCUCGUCCACGGUAAACUGUCGGGGGAGCUGCUGCCCUAUCAUACAUCUAUCAUACCUCUCACAACUUCAAUCCAAUAACCUCCACCUGUUUAAAUAUUCCGCCCACAACUCUUUUCAACAGUCUACUAUCAUGGGAAACCUUUGCGGUAAAGAGUCCGGCCCUUCGUUCCCAAGCGGUAGAGUCCUUGGUUCCAGCUCGUCGCCGGCGACGGCGGCUGGCGGAGUACCGCUUAGGAGCAAGAAACCUAAAAUAACUGGUGGACCUGGGCGAACUUUAGGAGGAGAUUCGGGAGGUGGCUCGGGAGGUGGUUCGGGAGGCGGUCCGGGCGGAGGAAACGCAGAAGCUGGAGCUGUCGCUGGAGAGCAGUUGGACCCACGGACAGCUGCGGCGUUGGCUGCUGAGGUUUGUUUUUCAACGACGUUUCUGGGGCUCUGGCGCUAACUCGACGCCCGAUAGGAACGCUUGAAAAAGAAUGCAGUGACGGGAAAGUUAGGGUCGGAGUUGGAUAAGCAAAAGCGAAAGACGCAAAAUCAGCAUAUCCAGGAUCUGGGGAAGACAAAAGGGCAACAAGAACAACUGGUUUGGGAUUAGCCCAUCGAAGGGUGUGCGAAUAGUUGGCUGGGUGGUUGCGGGUGAGGCUCUGCAAUUUGGUACUCCUUUCCACGUUUUCUUGUCUACAACUUUUGGGUUGGAGUUUUUGUGGAGGGAUUUGUUGCUUUUAGAGCCUUUUCACGCCGUCGUAUGUUCUUUCUUUUCACUCUGACAGGGUACGGUAUCUCUGAAUGUUCGCAUCAAUGAAAUCGCUCGACAAAAUGAUGCGUGAACUUUACAAGGGCCUAUUAAACUGAACAGCUUUCCGACCGGUGUGUAAAGUAGAGAUUAUCAUUAUCAAAGUUUAUUACAACCAAGUUUUGUAUAUAUUUAAUACCGUUGACGCC